AUCCUUUCAGAGAAUUAUUUGAAAUAAAGGCCAACAGAUAGGGGACGCCAGCAAAAUCAGUUGGAGAAGUUGGAGGGGCCAAUAACCUCUGGCUGCAGAAUCACUGCAAUCUAGGCAGUGUUUGCUGAUGAUAAUGCGCCUUUCCAAAGCCCUGAUAGACAUGGAGAUGGCAGAUUAUAGUGCAGCUUUAGAUCCAGCAUACACAACUCUAGAGUUUGAGAACAUGCAAGUCCUGACAAUCGGCAAUGAAACCUCCCCAUCUGAAGCAGCCAAUCUCAAUGCCUCCAACAACAUUGGGGCCAGUGUGCUGUGUGCCAUCUGCGGAGAUCGGGCAACAGGGAAACACUAUGGAGCCUCCAGCUGUGAUGGCUGCAAAGGGUUUUUCAGGAGAAGCGUCAGAAAGAACCACAUGUAUUCCUGCAGGUUUAACAGGCAGUGUGUUGUAGACAAAGACAAAAGAAACCAGUGUAGAUAUUGCCGGCUAAAGAAAUGUUUUCGAGCAGGAAUGAAGAAAGAAGCUGUACAAAAUGAACGCGAUCGAAUCAGUACCCGGAGAUCCAGCUAUGAAGACAGCAGUUUGCCUUCUAUUAAUGUUUUACUGCAAGCAGAAGUACUUUCCCAACAGAUAUCAUCACCAAUUUCAGUUAUCAGUGGUGAUAUAAGAGGGAAAAAGAUUGCAAAUAUUGCAGACGUGUGUGAGUCCAUGAAACAGCAGUUGUUAGUGCUUGUGGAGUGGGCCAAGUACAUCCCAGCCUUCUGUGAGCUUCCUCUGGAUGAUCAGGUGGCUUUGCUACGGGCCCAUGCAGGUGAACAUCUGUUACUGGGAGCAGCAAAACGGUCGAUGGUGUUCAAAGACAUCCUACUCCUAGGAAAUGACCACAUAAUCCCGCGUAAUUGUCCAGAGUUGCUGGAGAUCAGCCGUGUGGCAGUGCGCAUCCUGGAUGAAUUGGUCUUGACGUUCCAAGAGCUUCAGAUUGAUGAUAAUGAAUAUGCUUGUUUGAAAGCCAUCAUCUUCUUUGAUCCAGAUGCUAAGGGCCUGAGUGACCCGAUCAAGAUCAAGCGAAUGAGAUAUCAAGUUCAGGUCAGUUUGGAGGACUACAUCAAUGACCGGCAGUAUGAUUCACGGGGACGCUUUGGAGAACUGCUUCUCCUUCUGCCCACUCUCCAGAGCAUCACCUGGCAGAUGAUUGAACAGAUCCAGUUCGUCAAGCUCUUCGGCAUGGCCAAAAUUGACAAUCUGUUGCAAGAGAUGUUACUGGGAGGAUCAUCAAGUGAUACACCUCAUGCUCAUCACCAUGCUCUGCACCCUCACCUGAUCCAGGAGAAUAUGGGGACAAACGUCAUAGUGGCCAACACAAUGCCUGCUCAGAUCCACAAUGGGCAGCUAUCCACUCCUGAAACGCCACAACCUUCCCCACCAGCUGGCUCAGGAGUUGAACAAUACAAACUGCUUCCUGGGGCCAUUGCAACUGUAGCCAAACAGACCACUUCAGUCCCUCAACCCACCAUCACAAAGCAAGAGGUCAUCUAGCACCCACUGGAAUGAAUAUACCCAGUAAUGCAAAGACCAAGCUUGCAAAGGGCUGGCAAGAAAAGCCCCUCCUCAUUUUGAUCACGCUGGAGAUGGAAUAUUGAUGGAGAUAUCCCCAAGGGACAAAUGCACCAAUUUUUGAUUUGGUAAUUGUAUUGGGACAAAGACAUCUCCAGGUGUAGCAGUGGAGAACAUCUGCACCUGAGCAAUGUGGAACAUGCAGAGUAACCUCACUGGAAGGCCUUAUCUUUCAUGUUUAGAUCCAAAUGCCAAACUUCUUAUCUGCCAAUGGCUUUUUCAAAAAUUGCACUGACUCACCUUUUUCUUCACUGCCACUGAGUUACUUUGUUCAUAUUGUUUUGAUGUUGUUUUUACAUCUCUGCAAAUUUGACUUUUUUUAAAAAAAAGCCUGAAAGGUAUCUGAAUGAAACAGACACACCUUGGUUGGAGCCACUCUAAAUAUCCUCAAAUCCUUGUGUGACAUCAUUGAAUUAUGCAUUCCUAGAUGGUCAUGAUCCUUACAGAAGAAAGUGCAGAGAAUUUGGACCAGCUGCUCUUUAUUGCCUCCUCCACUGCCUUAGAAUGCUACCAGAAGUGAAGGCUGGGCCUAGAUGUUACCACUGAUCUUCAGCAACAAAGGAAAGGAAAUUCAGUGGGAAACAUGUAUUCUCUUAAAAUACAGUUCUCAUGUGAUGAUGCUGUACCUAUAUUCUGUUUAGUGAUGUUUGUGAAGAAGUAGGUUUGAACAAAGAGUUAUCUCACUAGAUGAGAUUGGAUUCCAUCCAGUCCAGCAUUUUCUCCUCCCAACAGUGACCAGCCAAAUAGGUCUCUAUGAAGCCUACAAGCAGGGCAUGGAAAACUCCAUCUUCACUUGGUUAACCUCAUUAUCUGGCACUCGGUUGCAUUGCCUUUGUCCAUGGCUGUAUCAUAGUUAAUUACAAUUGUUGCUUCACCUGUCUUUCAUUAAUUUGUUAGAUGGUUUUCAGACCAUAAUGCCUUGUUGAAACAGAACUAAGUACAUCUCUUUAGCAGGCAUGCCUUGCCAGUGACAUGGUAUGCUUAAGCUGAUUUAGGUGCUUUAAUCUUCCACCUCCUUCAUCCAAGACCAAAUGGCUUGGCUCAGUAGAAUUUGAUGGUGGUGGAACAAUAUGCUUCCAUGAAUACCCCAAUGAAGUGAUCCAGUGUCAGCUCUACCUGUUUCUUGUACUUAUUCCUAAUUAUUCCAGGUGCUACUAUAUUGAGUGUUACAGAGUACAAAUUGGGAAGAUACUGCUGUGGGAAAGGUUGCAGGUAUCAGACUGAUGUCCACAAAUCCAACUCAGGACUCACCACUGUCAAAAGAGUGCCCAAAGAGACCCUUGAUAUGGGUGAGUUGAACUCUUUGCCAGAAUUCAUGCCAACUCAAGUUUUCAGAAAAAGUAUUCUGAAAACAGGUGAGGGUGGCAAGGAUGAGGGCAAGCAUGCUAGGUUCGUGCCCCCACAGCCAUUCUGACAUCCUCCAACUGUCCUGAUUUUUCAGGGACAAUCCUGAUUAAAUCUCUGUUAUCCAGUCUUUUCAGCUGCUGUUAAAAUGUUUGAUUCUCUGUCAUUCCUCUACUUUCUCCCUUUGUCCUCCACUGAGUUCAAAAUGAAAAAAAUAUUUUGUACUCAAUAAACUCAGCUGGGAGGGGGGAGAUUAUGUCCUUCCCAAUGGGCUCAGGCAAAAGCAAAUCACUGCAGCCUCCCCUAGCAUGUGCAUUCUUCCUCAUUCAUAAUUUUUGCCAUCUUGACCACACUUUCAUGUUGGUUGGGUGUAUGUGUCCCAUUUUUCAUCUGUGAACUGUUGGAAGGUAUGCAUCUUCAUCAACCUCCAGGGUUGACAGAAACUUUUUGCCACAUGGCUUAGUGAUUUGAAUGUUGAACUACAACUCUGAAGACCAGGGUUCGAUUCCCAGCUUGGUCAUGAAACCCACCCUGUGAUCUUGGGCAAGUCAAAUGCUGUCAGCCUUGAAAGGGCAAUGGCAAACUUCCUCUGAACCAAUCUUGCCAAGAAAACCCCAUGGGAGGUUCGCCUUAGGAUUGUCACAAGUCGGAAAUGACUUGAAAGCAUACAGCAACAACAAUCUUAUUCUUUCCAUGGAUGGAGGGUCUCUAUCAGAUAGAGACUCUCUGUGGAUAGUCAGUGCUUCCUAAUAUAAGCAUUUGCCCUCAAUAUGGGGGGCAAUCAGGAUGAUACCUGAGGGGUGGAUUUAUUGUGCUUGUGCUUGUGCUCCUCCCUACAUGUUUGGGGCACAUUACUAUCCUGUUAUCCUCACUUAGCAAGCCUUGAUUUCAUGUCAAGCUCUGGUUUAUUUGACAGAUGAAAGGGAUAAAUCAGAUACUGAAGUUGAAAGACCAUUGAAACCCAUCUAGAUGAUCUGAAUGCCACCCAACUCUUUGUUGUUCUGAAGAUCAGGGGCUCUUGAUUUGCUCUUCUUUUAUCCUAGGAUAAGAACUCACAAAACAAUAGUCAAAUUGUUCUCUGAGCUGAAUUCACCAGAUGAGUUUGAGACCCAAGAAUCACCAUGAGAUGACUUUUUCCUUAAGCACUUAGUAGAUCACAUUGUCCUGAAAAAUUCUGAGCCCAAGAAUUUAUCUUGACUUGAACACCAGAUCUAAGAAGAGUUAAUCUCACAGUCUUUCCACAUACACAGAUCUGCUCCUGGUUUCUUCAUUUCAGCAGUAAAAUUUAGAGAUUGGGAUACAGGGAGGGGCAGACAUUUGGGUGCCAUAAAUACUACAAAUCACUCAAGAGUAUUAUACAAGAAAUAACACAACAAAUAAUAAUGAACACAUCCUACACUCCCUGGGUGUAUUAGAUGGAGGAAGACUGGUAUUAGUGGUCUUGCAGAGAAUGUACAAAGUUACUUUCUAACUAUUACUUGAAUAGGAACAUCUAUAUUGGGUCUGAGCCAGAUGUUACCCAGGCCCAUUAGUGCUGAGGUCUUUUUAACUUGAGAUGCCCGAGACUGAACCUGGGACUGUUGACAUAUAAAGCUCAGCUACUAAGCUUUGACCAAAAGUACCUGCUUUCUCUUUGCCCUAGUUGCAUGAAAAUGUGUUCACCACCAGAAAUGUCUGUUGAGGAACCAUACAGUUCCUUGAAUCAACUGGAAAGACACCUACAGCUUGAAUUACUGUUUGGGGAAAUAGUUGUACAUCAUGACCCCACAAAUAAAUGCUACAGAGUUGCCCCCUUGUAGAAACAUUAAAGACAGCUGACAUUAUCACUGCCAAAAAAAAACCCAACACAUGCCAAAUUCUUAACUGAAAACAAGCAACCCUGUUGAUACCAAUCAAGUUCAUCUCACUGCAGCUAUAUAAGAUGUAGUUCUUUUUUACAUCAAAUGCCAAAAUAAACUCCUGCCAGGAGACCGUGAGUGUGAAAAGUAUUGUAUUGUUUGCCAAACAUGACCAUGUUAUGCUAUGUAAUUUAUUACAAUGAGUUGAAUCAUUUUUCCAUAAAUUAUUCUGUAAGUCAUAUUGAUUACACAUAAUCACAAAAUUUAAUGUGAAUAAUGUAAAUUGCAAGAGGGCUUCUCCAAAUGUUUCAACAUUUUGCUGUGUCUAGGGAUAGUUUGGAGGAAGGCAUUUUGGCAUGUAGAUUUAACUACACACCAAAAGUCUCCCAGUAUGGUACAUUAAUUUUUCUUGACUACUGACUUCCAAAUGGAAACAGAACUGUAUUGCUUCAUUAGUGUUUUAAAGAAGAAAAUAAAUAAAUACAAACAUAUUUUUUAACCUUUCA